AUGAAGAUCAAAGCGCUCAGCCGGUCCAUAUCGGCUCAUCAGCCAGCCGGUUCAGAUGUGGCCAAGCAACCAAAGAACAUGGACGCCAGCGUCCACCCUUUCGAGCGGGCCAGGGAAUACAAGCGGGCACUCAACGCAGUCAAGAUGGAGAGAAUGUUCGCGCAGCCCUUCGUCUGCCAGCUUGGGCAAGGUCAUGUGGACGGAGUCUACCAGCUUGCCAAGGAUCCCAACUCCCUCAAUAUGCUGGCAAGCGGCUCAGGCGACGGCGUGGUCAAGGUGUGGGACAUGGAGAGCCGAGAGCAGCGGUGGCAUGUGAAUGCGCACACGAACAUCGUCAAGGGCUUGACAUGGACCAAGGACCGAAAGUUGCUCACUUGCGGAACCGACCAAAAGAUACACCUCUUCGACCCCUCUACUCCCGCCGAGUCCGCCCCUCUCACGACUUUCACCGGAACCGGCGCAUUUACCUCUCUCAGUCACCAUCGGUCCAAGAACGCUUUCGCUGCUGCGUCGGGAAGCAAGAUCCAAAUUUACGACCUCGAGAAAAUUUCGGGCGCGCCUGAAGAGUACAGCUGGCCCAACGCUACGGACACAAUAAACGCAGUCAAAUUCAACCAGGUCGAGCAGUCUGUUCUAGCAUCUGCUGCAUCCGACAGGUCGAUAGUGAUUUGGGACGUGCGGCUUUCCUCGCCAGUAGUCAAGACUGUGUUGACAUUCGCGUCAAAUGCAGUGUCGUGGAACCCAAUGGAGGCAUUCAAUCUUGCUGUGGCUAACGAGGAUCACAACUGUUAUGUGUUUGAUGUGAGGAAGUUCGACAGGGCUCUCAACGUGCUGAAGGGACAUGUUGCUGCCGCGAUGGACGUGGAGUUCUCACCGACUGGUGAAGAGCUCGUAACAGCCUCUUAUGAUAGGACGAUCAGAAUCUUCGCCCGCGACCAAGGACACUCACGUGAUAUCUAUCACACCAAGAGGAUGCAACGCGUCUUCGCUACGAAGUGGACGCCAGAUGGCAAAUAUCUGAUUUCUGGAUCAGAUGACGGCAACGUCAGGUUGUGGCGGGCCAAUGCUUCCAAGAGGGAGGGCGUCAAAUCCUCGAGGCAACGACAAGCCGAGGAAUAUAACUCCAAAUUAGUGGAGCGCUUUUCACAUAUGCCCGAAAUUCGACGUAUCAAACGUCAUAGACAUAUACCGCAGGUUGUCAAGAAGGCUGGCGAGAUCAAGAACGAGGAGUUGAAGUCCAUCAAGCGGCGCGAGGAGAACGAGAGGAAGCACUCCAAGAAGCAGUUUGAGAAGCGCCGGAGCGAGCGGGAGAAGAUGAUUCUGGCCCGCGAGAAGAUCGGGUCCAGCCGAAACUCGCCCGUCAGCCGUUCGAGCCCACCACGAGCUGGCUGGCUGGUGGGCCUGAUGACAGGGGUGAGCUGGAGCUCCUUGGGGCGGGCGUCAUCAGGGGUCCGAGCUGACACCCGCCUGGGGCCAGUCUAUUGUUUCAACAUCCCACCAUCCCUCGACCAGCAUAUCCACAUCUCGAUCUUCAUCAUGGCUUCGAUCGGCGGCUUCGACCGCCCACCACAGCGAGACUCAUGGUUCGCCCCAAUGUCCAUUGACCUCUUCCUCAAGGUUCUCAAUGUGACCUUCUUCCAUCCCUUCGUGGCGUGGAUGAUACCCCUGUGCCUUCGCGCCGAGCACAUGGACUGGGACAAGAUCCCAAUGCAAGUCUCCAUAUACUAUGCCUGGGCAAUAACCAUAUGGUAUUUUCUCGGCGAGAUCAACAAGCGUGUGGCAUUCGGUCUGCCCCGUGAAGUCAACCUCGACGACGAGGUUAUUGUCAUCACUGGCGGCGCGAGCGGCCUGGGCCUGCUCAUUGCUGAGGUCUAUGGCAUGCGCGGCGCGUCUGUCGCAGUGUUGGACGUGAGGGACCUGGAGAACGGCGAGGCCAGGGGCGUCACGCACUACAAGUGCGACGUCACGGAUAAGGAACAGCUUGCGCGCGUUGCGAGGCAGAUCGAGGAAGACCUCGGCACCCCGACAGUUCUGAUCAACAACGCAGCUGUGGUUGUAGGCAAGCGACUUCUCGACAUGGACAUCAGUGAGAUCGACAAGAGCCUGAGCACCAACCUGCUCUCUUGCUUCUACACCCUCAAGACCUUCUUGCCCGCCAUCAUCCGUGGUCAGACCGGCGGCACGGUCGUCACCAUCUCCAGCGUCAUCGGGCAGGUUGGCGCCGCCCAGCUCACAGACUACGCCGCCGCCAAGGCCGGCUUGAUUGCGCUGCACAAGUCCCUCACGGCGGAGCUGAAGCAGUCGCAUCCGGAAAUUCGGACCGUCCUGGUGACCCCUGGCCAGCUCAGCACCCCGCUGUUCUACGGCGUGCAGACGCCCAACUCGUUCCUGGCACCAGUGGUAGAGCCUGUGGACAUUGCAAAAGAGAUCAUCAGUGCGAUCGAUAACGGCAAGGCGGAGUUUAUCAGCGCGCCACUAUACGCAAGGAUGAUGGAUUGGUACAACGUGUUACCGCUGAGCUUGCAGACCGUUGUGAGGAAGCUGGCAGGUGUGGAUAUCGCCAUGAAAAACUUCAUCGGCCGCAAGGGUAACGAGCUCCAUGAGAAGAACGGGAGCCUGAUAUGA